CAGCGCUACAUACUGCGCAUGCGCAAGGGCCCCGGCCUUUUCCCCCCUGUAGCGCUGCUCGGCCUGCAGGUCUGUGCGGAGCCCCGGACGCGGGUCUCUAUUUCACAGGAUGGGGUUUGUUAAAGUUGUCAAGAAUAAGGCCUACUUUAAGAGGUACCAAGUGAAAUUUAGAAGGCGACGAGAGGGUAAAACUGACUACUAUGCUCGCAAACGCUUGGUGAUCCAAGACAAAAAUAAGUACAACACACCCAAAUACAGGAUGAUUGUUCGUGUAACUAACAGAGAUAUCAUUUGUCAGAUUGCUUAUGCCCGUAUAGAAGGGGAUAUGAUAGUCUGCGCAGCAUAUGCACACGAACUGCCAAAAUAUGGUGUGAAAGUUGGCCUAACAAAUUAUGCUGCGGCUUAUUGUACCGGCCUGCUGCUGGCCCGCAGGCUUCUCAAUAGGUUUGGCAUGGACAAGAUCUAUGAAGGCCAAGUGGAGGUGACUGGAGAUGAAUACAAUGUGGAGAGCAUUGAUGGUCAGCCUGGUGCCUUCACGUGCUAUUUGGAUGCAGGCCUUGCUAGAACUACAACUGGCAAUAAAGUUUUUGGGGCCCUAAAGGGAGCUGUGGAUGGAGGCUUGUCUAUCCCUCACAGUACCAAACGCUUCCCAGGUUAUGAUUCUGAGAGUAAGGAGUUCAAUGCAGAAGUACACCGCAAGCACAUCAUGGGUCAGAAUGUUGCAGAUUACAUGCGUUACCUGAUGGAAGAAGAUGAAGAUGCGUACAAGAAACAGUUCUCUCAGUACAUAAAGAACAGCGUCACUCCAGACAUGAUGGAGGAGAUGUAUAAGAAAGCCCAUACUGCUAUACGAGAGAAUCCAGUCUAUGAGAAGAAGCCCAAGAGAGAAGUUAAGAAGAAGAGGUGGAAUCGUCCCAAAAUGUCCCUUGCCCAGAAGAAAGAUCGGGUCGCUCAAAAGAAGGCAAGCUUCCUCAGAGCUCAGGAACGGGCUGCUGAGAGCUAAAGGAAUUUUCUAUGAAGAUUUUUUUCAUAAAGACAAUAAACUUAUUGACCAAGCA